GGCAGAGCCAGAAACUGUUUCCUCCCAAUUCUCCAAGCUGCCAGUCCAGCCCUUCUGUCUUUUUUCCCUCUCUCUCUCUGCAAAGGACCAGUGUGCUGGGGAGAAAGGCUGCUUAUUUCUCUGCAUCUGCUGAACCAGGAGAGACGCCUUCAAAGGGAAAUUUUGAAACCAUGCAUUACAUUUGGCCUCUGUUUUUUAUUUUCAUGUUGAAUGCACCAGGAAGACUGGUUGCUGCAGAUCCCGUCAUUGAUCACCAUACAAGCUCAGAACAGAGUGACUGGUGUGAUAAUCACAACACAAUUCACAGGCGCUUAGAUACUGUCCAAGAGGUAGAAAAAACAGUUGACCAACUAGACACUGAAGUCAAUUCAAUUCUCAAUACCAUCAGCAAAACAGAACAGAGUAUUCCCCUUGCUCCUGGAACUCCUCUGAUGGAUCUCUAUGAAGAUCCCAGUUGAGCUCAAGAAGAUGGAAGAAAAGCCCAUUGUAUACCUAUGUAUCAUCCACCAAAGUAAUUAACUCCGGCUGUACGUCAUAUUUUAAAAACUAAACUGGUGUAUUUAGUCUUGCGAUGAACAGUGUUUCAUAACAUUUCCUUCAUGAUCAAUACAAAAUAUAAAAUCGAACUGUAAUAAUUAA